CUUCCUUGUUCUCGCUUUUGUACUCGCCAGUCUUUGACGGAACCAUCUCCCAGAAGCAAUUUAGAGUGACUGGUAAAACGAAAUAUACCCAAAGCUCGCAGCAACAAAAAAGGAUGCAAUUCUUUCUGGCCAGCUUCCUGCUUCUGCCCUUUCUGCUCGUCUGCAUCGUAGAGUCUCUCCUGAAGCUUUUUAUUCCUAAGAAGAGAAAAUCAGUCACGGGAGAGAUCGUCCUGAUUACCGGAGCUGGACACGGAAUUGGCAGGCAGACUGCCUACGAAUUUGCCAAACUUAAGUGCAAGCUGGUCUUGUGGGAUAUAAAUAAGCAUGGACUUGAGGAAACAGCCACCGAAUGCAAGAGACUGGGUGCGAAGGUUCAUACCUUUGUGGUAGACUGCAGUAACCGAGAAGAUAUUUACAGCUCUGCGAAGAAGGUGAAGGCAGAAGUUGGAGAUGUUAGUAUUUUAGUAAAUAACGCUGGUGUAGUCUACACAUCAGACUUGUCUGCUACACAAGACCCUCAGAUUGAAAAGACUUUUGAAGUUAAUGUCCUUGCACAUUUCUGGACUACAAAGGCAUUUCUUCCUGAGAUGAUGAAGAAUAAUCAUGGCCACAUUGUCACUGUGGCUUCAGCAGCUGGGCAUAUUGGGGUCCCCUUCUUACUGGCUUACUGUUCAAGCAAGUUUGCUGCUGUUGGAUUUCAUAAAGCUCUGACUGAAGAAUUGAGUGCCUUAGAAAGAACCGGAGUCAAAACAACAUGUCUCUGCCCUAAUUUUAUAAACACUGGCUUCAUCAAAAACCCAAGUACCAGUUUGGGACCCACCCUGGAACCUGAGGAAGUGGUAAACAAGCUGAUAGAUGGGAUCCUAACUGAGCAGAAAAUGAUCUUUGUUCCAUCUUCUCUCAACUUUUUAACAUUGAUGGAAAAGGUCCUUCCUGAGCGUUUCAAGGCAAUUUUAAAACGAAAGAUUGAUAUUAGGUUUGAUGCAGUUAUUGGAUAUAAAAUGAAAGGAAAAUGAGUGCUUAAGUUUCUUAAAAACUGAUUUACCAGGUUUAGGUUGAUUUCAUCUAAUUUUAGUCAGAAUUUUAAUGUUUUUAAAAGUAUCUGCUUUUCCUAAUUAACUUUUUUUCCUUCAGUAUCACCUUUUGAGGCUCUGUCAGGUCCUAAUUUCAUAUAAUACAGAGAAAUAUAUUAGGAACUGAUUUUGUGGGGAAAUGGAGAAAAAGAGAAACAGUUUUGUAUUAAUUUCUAAGAUUUUGUGACUCAUUGAAAGCUUUGCAAGGUAUGUAAUGUGAAUAUUUAAGAUACAUUUUUAUUUUCAUCCAACUUUUAUAUAAUUCACAUUCCUUUUUCUAUUCUACAUAAGAAACAGAAAUUUCAAGCUUGCUAAAUGUAAUGAAGGACUGUACCUAGUGGCAUUUCAUAGUGUCACGUGAGUGUAUGUUCCUCGGCUCUUUGUCUCAUCACAACAAAGAUUUGGCACGACGGACAUUAAAGCCCUCGGCACGUCACAGCUCUCGGGUCUUGGACAAACCGUGUUAUAGCUCUUAGGCAAAUCAGUGUUACAGCUCUAUUUUAUUUGAAAGAUAGCAGGAGAAUCCAUCCUCGAAGCGUGAGGGCAUGUCAACUCAAAGAUUUGAAGGGAAGAGAGUGGAGGAGCGCGUGGGAGAGGGGGAGAGAGAGAGAAAGAGCACACACAUGCAGGAGAGGAAGAGAGAGAGAGAGAGAGAGAGCGCGCUUUGGCUCCUCCUUUUAUGUUUUUCCCUCCACCUGGGCCUGCCGUAUGCAAAGUGGGCUUAGCCAGGAGUCCUGUUUGUUCUACCUGAAGUCUUCACUCUGGUCCUCGGACCUUCCUUUGACCUUCCUUGUUUUUUUAGCCACCACCAUUUUGGACUCCUUUUCCCUGUUCUACCACCUAACAAUAGUGAAUUUCAUGUGAUGUAAGAAAUACUGCCCAAACAUUUCAUCCUACACCUUACUACUCUGUUUUCUGAGAAAUACCUCAUAUUCCCAUGUCAAACAUUUCAGCACAGGGAAAAUGGAGAUAAAUAUGUGUUGCAAGUAUAAAAGCAUCAUUGGGAUUUGAGACAAAGAAUUGGGAAAAUGUACCCAUAAGUG